AAGUAUGCGUAUAAAAUAAGCAGCAUAUAAAAUAAAACAAGACGCGCUGUCCAACAAUUACAAACGAACUCUACAAUUUUGAAUAAUUUUAAAUAAACUUGCUGGCUGAUUUGUCAUGGAGCGAUACUGGAUCGCCAUCUAUUUUUUAAGCGCGAUUGUAGCCAGCGCUUCUGCGUGCGGUGGGACGAUCAAUUUCCAGUAUUCGACAUCGUAUACGCUCUCGACCCCUGGAUUUCCCUCAUCGUCGUACCCCAACAGUGCCUGUGUUUGGAAUGUGGAAACUCCAGCGUACCACAGCGUGCAGGUGGUUGUCGGAUCUGUCAACCUUCUCGGCAACAGCGCGCCCAGUGGCUGCACCAUGUCCGACAAAGUGGAGUUUGUACUGCCCACUGGAAGUAUUGUGGGGACCGUUUGCACCAGUCACCAGCCGGUCAACACCAUCGACAAGUCUAAGUUUAGUGUGCGAUUCCAGCCACGCGGAUUGGCGGAAGUAAAUGGUGGGGUUUACGGUUUUAGCAUCGAAUUGCGAGCCGUGCCGUACUACAAUCUGGAAUGCAAAACGGACGGCUUCAAGCUAACCAUGCCGUUCAGUAAGCUGCAAAAUCCUGCACUCUACCCGCACGACACUUACCAGCUCAGCGACUCCGGCUGCCGAGCCACGGUACUGGCGGAUCGGGUAGAAUUUACCGGCGGGUACUCAACCUGUGGAUCCGUGUCUGAUGCGGCUGCUGGUGGUAUUUCCAACGUGGUGCUGAUGGUGCCGAAACCCCCUCCAGCUCCACCUCGUCCCGUAGUUCGCCUACCGUUCCUGUGCAAGUUUCCGCGGGAAGACCUCAUUGUCUCAACUGACUAUGAUCCCUUAGCGAUACUCCCGUUUUGGGCUGGAAGAAGCCUGUUUCCCAGAUAUUCUACCAAAAGUAAUAGAAUCACGAACACCAGGGCCAAUUUAGCUCAGCUGGAAUCGGAAAUUGACUUCAACAUAAGACUAAACGUGUUCAACAACGACGAAUUUCAUCCUCUUGGAGAACCUAGCAUGUGGCGUCCGAGUGACGUGUUUUUUGAAGUGGAAGCGCUGGCUGCAGCCCCUGAGUUUAAAGUGGCGGCCGAAGAAUGCUGGUACACGGCAACCGCCGCAGCGGAUGAUCUAGAGAACCGCUACACCUUUCUUCACGGCGGGUGCCCUACCGACACGGACCCCAUCGAACGUUAUCCCUCAUCCAACCACCACGAUCGCUUUGCCCAUACCUUAGGUCUGUCGUUGCCAGGCUCAGCGACCGGUCACCAUUUCGUACACUGCCGUGUAAAAAUCUGCAACGCCAACGACCCGUCGACCUGCACCAAAGACUGCGUCACUCCGCCGCCUCCCACGACCGCUGCCAGCCCCAUCCCGCCCGGUACCUUGUCCGGAGUAAUCAAAGAUGCCGUGACGAUGGACGAAAUUAGCGGUGUACGGAUCUUUGUCCAACAAAGCUGGACAGAGAUCGGAACAACGCUCUCCGCCACCAAUGGACAGUACUCUCUCUCGCUCCCUCCAGCGGCCGAUUACGCGGUGACCUUCCAGACACCAGGUUACCACUCGGCCACUAUGUCUGGCGUCCAAGUGUUCUCCGGGGAGAAUACUAUCCUUGAGGCGUUACUUUUUAUCGACGUAUCGUACGUUGGAGUGGGAACGGCAUCUGGAACCACAAAGAAUGCCUACAGUGGGGCUGUGGAAAGUGGUGUCACCCUUGAAUUCCGAAGCGGUAUUAACGUUCUAUCAGGAGUUAUUCAAGCAUCAGCCGUAAGCGACAGCAACGGAUACUGGGAAGUAACCAGCCUCAGCACAGGUCACUAUACGGCCGUGAUGUCGAAACCCGGUUUCACCAACAACCACCUGACGGUUAUCGUCCUCGGUGGGCAACGCAAGGACAACCAAAACGGAGUGAUCUCACCUAUCGUGGCCGCGGGAAAAAUUCGAGUCGUUCUGAGCUGGGGUACCAACGAUCCUCGCGAUCUUGACUCGCAUAUGACCGGGCCAGUUAGUGGGUCUUCCAGUCGUUUUCAUGUGUCCUACCAGGGUAAAGGCAGCGACACGUCUUCGCCGUUCGUUUCUCUGGACACAGACAUCACCACGGGAUAUGGGCCCGAGACCAUUACCAUCAAUCAGCAGACCACGGGAACUUAUCGGUAUUCCAUUCAGGAUUAUACGUACAGGGGCAGCGCUUCGAGUGUGAAAAUGGGCAAUUCUGGAGCAGUGGUAAGAGUCUUGUUUGGUGACUCGAGUACCCCGGCGCGGACAUUCAAUGUGCCUAAUUCGCCGGGUACCCUGUGGACCGUUUUUGAACUGAACGGUGACAGUAUUACGCCUAUCAACAGGAUGACGUAUCAUGAAGACCCGGCCAGCAUUACUUAGAGCAGUCCUGGCUCUUCUUUGCUCUUCUUGGUUCUUAAAUCUUAAUCAAUCUUGAAGUGGUUUUAGAUGCCUUUCUUAAACCGCUUUCUUUAGAAUAAAAUUUCAAAUAACAGCAUGCUUUAUGCUAGCGAGCUCAGGGCGUGAUUAGUAGCAUUCAUUAACUGGCUUCGACUACAUUUUAUACGUACUACCACUACACAUAAAUAUCCAUAUCGAUAUCUGCUUUUCUCCUAUCAUUUUCUGCCCAAGAAUGGUAUGAUUAUGAAAAUAAAAAAUAUGAAACA